AUGCUCCAGCUUAAGGAUCAACUUCAUAACUUUCUUCGUUGCAGCAUCGGAGAUGGUAGCACAGCCUUGUUUUGGCAUGAUUACUGGACUGAGCUGGGUCCUUUGCAUCAACUCUUUGGAUCCUCGGGUCCUCGUUCUCUAAGAAUUCCUCUCGGUGCCACCGUCUCUCGGGCGGUCAACAAUGGUCUCUGGAACAUCCCUUCAGCUCGCUCUGACGACGCGGUGACUCUCCAGAUCAUCCUGUCUACAAUGGCGGUUCCUUCUUCUAGUAGCAGAGCUGACGUUUAUCUAUGGAGAAACAGCGCUGGAGGGUUUGGACCAACCUUCUCCUCUCGGGUUACUUGGGAAAGGUUGCGAUUAACAAGACCUCAGGUUCAGUGGUAUUCGGUGGUUUGGUUCAAGGAAGAAAUUCCCCGCUGCUCGUUCAUUUGUUGGACAGCUAUCCUUGGAAGACUUCCCACUCGGGAUCGUUUGAUUUCUUGGGGCUUAUCGGUGCCACCAGGUUGUGUUCUCUGCUCUUUGGCUGAUGAGUCUAUAGCCCACUUGUUUUUUCAAUGUCCAUUUGCGGUUGCUACUUGGUCUCGUUUCUGUGGCAGGUACCUGGCGUCAACUCCUUCCUCACUCGCUGAUGUCGUUCUCCUCUGCCAGCAGCUCCCUGGACCUCAUGCUUCCCGUGCUGUGGUUGUGCUCAAGCUCAUAAACCAAGUGAUCGUCUACAAUCUCUGGCGUGAGAGAAAUGCCCGCAUCUUCACAGCUGUAUCUUCGACUCAAGAGGCGUUUUGGCGCUUGGUGGAUCGUGCUAUUAGAGAUAGGUUGCUAUCAUUAUCGCGGCCUUCUACUACUGCUCCAUCACCUUCCCUGCUUGAGCUCUACUUUUGGUUUCUGUCUCCCUAUAGUUAA